UUCCUGGAUUGUUUAAUAUACGAAGAGCACAUUUUUUGAUGGAGUCAAUUUUGUUGUUUUCUUUUUGCUCUGCACUGGUCACUCUUGGAAAGGCGUAUGAAAAUAUCGCAUUGAACAGACGAGCAUGGCAAUAUAGACCUUACAGAAGCUUUAGUUGGGGAGCGGAUCGUGCUGUGGACGGACUGUAUACAGACCUGUCGUAUUUUGGACAACAGUGUACAAUAUCACAAAACAAUCGAUCAACAGCAGAAUGGCGGGUGGACCUUGGGGGAGUAUUCAGUAUACACCACAUCUUUAUACAGUACAGGACGGACAAUCGUGUCUGGAAUGAACUCAAUGAUUUAACCGGUAGAUUCCUGGGAUAUUCUGUUUACAUAGCAAACUCAACCAAUAAAAAGAACGGAGUACUGUGUUUUAAGGAUACCAACUACACCAGAGCCACAAUACCCAACCCUACAAACAUCACGUGUAUCACACAUGGGAGAUACGUCAUCUACUACAACAACAGGACUAACCCUCCGUAUCCUGCUGGGUAUGAUCCAUACGCUUACAACGAGCUGUGUGAAGUUGAGGUUUAUGGAUGUCCGGUGACAGGAUAUUACGGAGAGGAUUGUUCCUUGCGUUGUCCACAGAACUGUCAGGAAGGUCACUGUCACAUUGUGGAUGGAACUUGUCUGGGCUGUGUCCCAGGAUAUACUGGAGCUAGAUGUGAUACAGAAUGUACAAAUAACAAGUACGGUCUGGAGUGUGAUUCUUCAUGUGGUAAAUGUUUAAAUGGAGAAAAAUGUAAUCACGUGAACGGAAGUUGUCCAAACGGAUGUAACGCAGGGGUGUUCGGUUAUAAAUGCGACAAAGAGUGUUUUACAGGAAAGUAUGGAUUCAAUUGUAAAGAGAAUUGUAGUAUACAUUGUGGAGUUCCCGAGAGAUGUGACACGGUAACAGGAAAUUGUGAGGGAGGGUGUCAGCUAGAAUGGAGUGACCUCACAUGUAAAAUUACUAUUGCAUUAACUGAUGGUGAUCCUGCAUCAGUGAGCGAACCUUACACUACACUAUAUGUCUGUAUUCCUAUAAUAAUCCUGAGUGUAUCGCUAAAUGUAUAUCUCAUUAUCAGACAUCUAAGACACAGAAACAGCGAGAGAAAACAACAAAAGAACCCAGAGAACGUCGAUGAACACGUUGAGACAACACGUUUUUCAAAGACCGUGUAUGACCAGGUUGAAGACAACUCUGCGUAUCAAGAGCUUGGAGAAAUAACGAAAGAAUCCCAGUAUGAUAAACUCUAACAAGGAAUUUUUUUCAAACAGAAAUAUUUAUUGAUUUUGUGGGUUUGAAGUUCUGUAGAUUCUA